CCAUGCCCUUAUUCGCAGUCGUCUUCUGCGUGAAAAUGGAAAGAAAAGCUUUUUCAACAAUGAAGAGCGAGGAUUCUUUAAGACAGAAAAGAGGGAAUCUCAGGCCAAAAAUCCAAUGACAGAUCCUACAAUGAUGACAGACAUGAUGAAAGGCAAUGUGACUAAUGUUCUGCCUAUGAUUAUCAUUGGUGGCUGGAUCAACUGGGCUUUUUCAGGAUUUUUAACAACAAAAGUGCCGUUCCCAUUAACAUUUAGGUUCAAGCCCAUGUUGCAGCGAGGAGUGGAAUUAAUCACACUUGAUGCAUCUUGGGUGAGCUCCGCCUCCUGGUACUUCCUGAAUGUGUUUGGGCUGCGCAGCAUGUACACACUGAUCUUAGGACAGGAUAAUGCCGCAGAUCAGACGAGAGCCAUGCAGGACCAAAUGUCUGGGUCAGCUAUGAUGGCCCCACCAGAUCCAAUGAAAGCUUUUAAAGCAGAGUGGGAGGCGCUAGAAGUUGUCACCCAUGAGUGGCAGCUAGAAGGGGUGGAGGAGGAGCUGACAGGGGGUAUUGUGCAACCAGAGACAAUAUAUUUAAGGAAUUAA